AUGGCAGCACCACGCCCCGUGCCGCCAUACCUCCGCCUGCGCACUCCGGGCUUUGCGCACCACGGCAUCAAGUUCUCGCCCUACUUUGAAGGGCGGGCAGCCAUUGCCAGCGGUGCCAACUUUGGCCUCGUCGGAAAUGGGCGCGUGCACGUCGUCCAGGCUACGCCGGCUGGCCUGCAGCUCGAGAAGGUAUUCGACACCCAGGACUGCGUGUACGAUGUCGCUUGGAACGAGGCACACGAGAACCAGGUACUCGCAGUGUGCGGGAACGGGUCGAUACGGAUGUUUGACAUUACGCUGCAGGGCCUUCCUGUCGCUGCAUGGCACGAGCACACCGCCGAGGUGGUCAGCGCAGACUGGAGCAACAUUGAGAAGACGCAGUUCGCGACAGCGUCAUGGGACGGGUCAGCCAAGGUGUGGACGAUGGAUCGCGCGACGGCGCUUGUGACGAUCCCUGGCCCGCCUGGAAGCCAGUUGUACACUGCGCUGUUCUCGCCGCACACGCCUGCGCUCCUCGCGACGUCCGGACAAGACGGGUUCGUGCGCUUGUGGGACCUGCGGACGGCGAUGGGAGGCAAUGCGCAGCCGGUGCAGACGCUGCAGGCGAGCGCUGCGGAUGUGCUCGCCGCCGACUGGAACAAGUACCACCCCGGCGUGCUGGCCACGGCGGGGAAGGACCGCGUCGUGCGUGUGUGGGAUACGCGUAAUGCUGGCCGGCCGGUGACCGAGCUCGGCGGGCGGGAGGGCCACACCUCUGCCGUGCGCAAGGUCCAGUGGUCGCCGCACCAUGCCGACGUCCUUGCGAGCUGCGGAUACGACAUGAGUACGCGGGUCUGGCGCACUGCGCCGCCUGGAGUCAUGGGCAUCAUGCACGACCACUCCGAGUUCUGCAUGGCGCUCGGGUGGGCACUGUUCGAGGAGGGCGUGCUCGCCACCGGCGGGUGGGACCAGGUCGUCAACGUGUACCGGCCGCUGUAG